AUGAAACUGCUUCUGGUGGCAGUGGUGAUUCACGUACUGUUUUUGCUGUCCAUUUUCUACAUCCAUUUCCAAUCACCGAUUCUUAAAGGACUACCGGAUGGAGCGGAACACGAUCAACCACCGGCAGAUAGACUGGUACUAUUCGUUGGUGAUGGUUUGAGAGCCGAAUCGUUUCUCAAGUUCAAUCUAAAUCGUACCACAUUUCUGCGGAAUAUUCUUUUAAAUGAGGGUGUGUUUGGUAUAGCGAACACACGGGUCCCAACCGAAUCGCGACCAGGUCAUGCUGCUUUGUUGGGAGGCGUUUACGAAGAUCCAAGUGCCGUAUUCCGUGGAUGGAAAGAGAACCCGGUCGAGUUCGACUCGGUGCUAAAUCGUUCCAGCGUCAGCUAUUGCUGGGGUAGCCCAGAUAUAGUGCACAUGUUUUCCCGCGGAGCCAUCCCGGGACGAGUGCAUGUGGCGGCGUACGAUAGCAAUGAUGAGAGUUUCGCACAGUCGGCCAACACGUCCCUGCUCGACAUUUGGGUGUUUGAUCGGGUUCGUCAAUUUCUGUCCGGGGAGCAAACGGAACGGGUGAUAUUGUCACAGAAAAAAGUAAUUCUGUUUCUGCACCUGCUCGGUUUGGAUACGGCGGGCCAUGUUCACAAGCCUCAUUCAGAUCUUUUCACAGAAAACCUUAUAGCAGUGGAUAAGGGUAUAGAAUCCAUCGUGGGACUGAUAGAACAUGCCACAGAAAACGACGGAAAGACGGCGUUUAUUUUCACAUCCGAUCACGGUAUGACUGAUCAAGGAUCGCACGGUGCAGGCGAUCCGCAUGAGACGGAAACUCCGUUUCUGGCUUGGGGGGCAGGUUUCAAGCAUUGGAAAGAGACCAUUCCUGCACCGGAUAAUGACCAUGUCUUAGAGCUAAACAAGCAGAGCAUACCUGUACAUCACAUCAACCAAGCCGAUGCUGCCCCACUCAUGGCUGCAGUACUAGGCAUAAGCGUACCAAAAAAUAGUUUAGGCAGAUUACCCCGUUCAUUGCUGAGAGUGUCAGAGGAAUAUGCAGCCUGGGCAAUGCGUAACAAUGCGGAACAACUCCUCUCGCAGUACUACCGCUGGCAACGGCAAUCGGAAGGCAAAAUGUUGCAAUGGUUAAUAAGCACAAAGCAAACUGGUUUUAAGGUUUUGAUAGAAGCGCUCCAGGCAGAGAUUGCAGAUGCAGCACACCGCAAACACUACACCGAAGUGCAAUCUUUAUGCAAAAUGCUUAUCGAUACGACGCUCAAUGCGAUCGAAUAUUUUCAAUCCUACUACAAACCGCAUCUCUUUGUGGCCCUUACACUGACCAUGUUGGGGUGGGUGUUUUUGCUUGCCAGAGAAACUUGUUCCCCAGCUAAAAACCGUGUAUUUGCCCAUAGUCGAACUGUUGCCUUUGCCGCUGUGAUAGUAGCGGUCGCUGUUGUACUUUUUAACAUUGCACAAGACACACCGACAGUGGUAAUAUUAUACUUUGUAAUCCCCAUCACAAUUUGGGGCUACAUCGGUUCAUACUGGCGACAGUAUGCGCCCCUGUUGCAAGGAAAGGCCGUGAUGUACUCGGCAGUAUUCAUCGUUGCCGCAGAAGCGCUGGUACUAGCAUUUUUAGAUCGCCGAAUAUUAGCACCGUUGUUGUGGGUUCAUUGUCUGCUCGUGCUAAAACCGCUUCUAAACAGAAAUGCAUUAAAGACAAUCAGCAGAUCGGUAGCACUGCAGUGGAUAGGUUGCAAUCUGCUGUUGUCCGGAUUUUUCUUGCUUCCCUCCAUAGGACGAGAUAAUUCGAACGUGUUUCUAUUGUGCCUUUCGAUCGUCCUUUGGGCAUUAACCAAUACCAUGGUUUUGAGUGUGUCGAAAAAUUCUCCCGUUUACAAAGCCGUUGCAUUGCUGGUGCAAAUACUGCAAGCAAUGAACUUUUGCCAUUUGAUUUAUCUCAUCGAACGAUCGUCAACCGUUCCACAGUGGAGUAGAUCUUUAUGUUGGAUUUUCUCAACUUUCGGUUUGUUGUUGCCAUUCUGCACAACUACUUCCAUUCCGGAUCGGAUUCUGGCAUUAUUUGGCGGUCUGAGCGGCCCCUACAUGAUGCUUUCGCUCUCCUACGAACCAUUGUUCUUGUUGUGUUUCUAUUACACACUCUAUCUGUGGCUUUAUGUGGAAAACAUUACACGGAACAAGCAGAUAAAGUUGGCAGAUUUCUAUUUUACUUCGACGCAUCACACAGAAGGAAACAUUAAUUUUGAACACACAAGGCGUACGUUCGGAUUUAUGCUAUUUCUGCUAGCUUGCUUCUUCGGGACCGGCAAUUUGGCCACUGUCAGCUCUUUCGAUCCCAAUUGGGUCCGAUGCUUCGUAACCACCUUCUCACCAUUCACGAUGAUGGCAUUGAUUGUACUUAAGCUGUUAAUACCAGUGCUUUUGCUGGUUUGUGUUCUGAAAGCGAUGGGUAUUAUAUGCUCGGUACACAAGAUGAAAAUCUUCAGUCUCACACUGAUCGUGUGCGAUUGGAUGUGUUUGAACUUUUUCUUUAUGGUCCAAAACAAAGGUUCGUGGAUGGAUAUUGGUUCCUCCAUAUCGCACUUCGUUAUCCUGGAAUGUACGACGAUCGUCGUAAUGAUGCUGUACGAAUUGGUUCGCUUGGUGACAGAAGUUUCACUGGCCGGAAGGAACCCACGAUCGCGGCAACUACCGGAACAAUUAAUGUCUUCGCAGUACUUGCCGUAUUCCAAUAAAGAGCGAAGCGAGUGA